CAAAUAUGGCGGCUCCCUUAUCUAAGCGUGCUACACAUGCUUUGAAGUGAGAUUCAGUCAGGAAGGAAAUGCAUUUUGCCUACAAGCCUCAGCUCGUCCUCGAGAAACUCCCAUUACAAGUGGAAAGCAUUAGUGCGUAUGAACCUCAGAGUGAUGGGCGAAUUCAUCUCUUCAUUGGAACUAAGGACUGCCGGCUAUUGAUGUAUGAAGUAAUACCAGACGUCAAUACAUCCCAGAAAUCCUUCUCAGAUGUCAAAGUCCAGCUUCUGAGGUCCAACAAGUACUCUGUGAAGAAACCACCCACUCAGUUGGCUAUUGUUCCUGAGUACCAGAUUCUCAUUGUUUUAUCUGAUAAUGUAGUGACAGUACAUGACAUUGCAUAUGUCACUACUCCCCUCCUGGCAACUUUGGAGAGCACUCGAGGAGCCACUCUCUUCACAGUUGAUGUUAAACUGAAGGGAGAAAAAACUGACUUGACUUCGACUGCAGGACCCAGAGACCCAAAGGUGAUACGAAUCUCAGGAGAUACUGUGGCACUUAGCCGGGACAAAGAUCUAGUCUUUGUUGAGAUCAAUGGACUUCAACCAUCGUUCAAACGCAUUAUCAAGUGGAGUGAUGCUCCUAUUGCUGUGGAAUUUGACCUCCCAUAUCUAGUUGGACUCUUGACAAAUUGCAUAGAAGUGCUGAGCCCCUCUCCUCAUCAACUGAUACAAGAAGUUGAUCUACAGGGACGACUGCCUCAUGGUGCAAACCCGCACCUCAUGUGCUAUUGUAGUCAAGGAAGGCUCUUUGUUGCUUCUUCCACCCAUGUUUGGCUCCUUGAAGCACAGCCUGUCUCCACCCAAAUAGAGACUCUUCUUAAACAGAGGCACUUUGAGCUUGCACUCAAACUCACUGGCUUGGUGGAGGAGGGGGAAGAUCAAAACAAGUUGAUCCAGUACAUAAAAUCCCUCCAUGGGCCUGCUUCUCCCUCCUUCCUUGCAGAUCCAUCUCAUGUGAUAGGUCUCUUCCCUGACCUUCUUCCUCAAUACUUUCGAAGUCAAUUAGAAUACCCAGACAAGUUACCAGAGCUUGAAGGCAUGGAAUUGGACAAUGGUCUGGUGGCUUUAAGGGAUUACCUGACUCAGAUGCGAACCAAUCUCCUGGCGCAAGAGAGAAAGAAGAUCCCAUCACGUCCAAUUCUUGAGGGGAACAAUACAAUUGGGAAUAAAGAGAGACUUCUUCAGAUCAUUGAUACAACUAUGGUUAAGUGCUAUCUUCAAAUGGAUGAUUCACUUGUUGGUGUGUUCUUAAACCUCAAGAACAACCAUUGUCAUCUGGAAGAGACUGAACGAGCAUUGAAAAGUUUUGGGAAAUACAGUGAACUGAUCAUUUUAUACAAAAACAAGGGUCAGCACCGAAAGGCUUUGGAACUCCUUCGUCGUCAAGGAGGGAAGCCUGACUCUCCUUUAUAUGAUCAUCAGCAUACUGUUCUCUAUCUGCAGCAACUUGGUAAUGAGCAUGCAGAUCUAGUCCUUGAAUUCUGCACUUGGGUGCUUGAGCGGUAUCCUGAGGAAGGAUUGAAGAUUUUCACUGAGAGUCAAGCUGAGGACCCAUUGCCAAGGGGGAAGGUCAUGAUGGAACUUCAGAAAAAAGCACCUAGUCUCGUACUACCUUAUCUGGAAUAUAUGAUCCACGAAGAAGAAGACAAGACCCCCAUUCUCCAUGACACUUUGAUUGAGAAGUAUGAGCAGUGUAUCCAAGAGUUGACUACUAGUUCAUCUGGAUCUGUCAAUGAACUGUGUGGAGUACGCUUUCAUGAGGAGAGAGCUGUCUUAUUUGAAAGGCUGGGACAGCACAGUAAAGCAUUGGCAACUUAUGUCCAUCUCCUGCAUGAUUGGGACCGUGCACUUGCAUACUGUGAGAAAAUUUAUGAUGCCCAGGAUCCUGUCGCCAGUCAGGUGUUUGUUGAUCUCCUGCGGUUGUGUCUUCUUCCCCCUGAAACUGGGACAUUCAUCCUUCGCUCCUCAGACCAGUAUGGCUCUUCUUAUCAAGAAUCCAGUCAUGAGGGACCCAAAUUUCCUCUCUCAUCUGUUGACCUUGAACGUGCCCUCCUAAUCUUGAAUCAACAUGCCAGCAAGCUUGAUGCUGUCAAGAUUUUAGAGAUGUUCCCAGAUGAUGUGCCAUUGGAAAGUGUGUCAAAUUUCCUCAAAGAGAAUUAUUUGGGCCUUAUCAGGCACAAGCAGUCAUGGCAAAUCCUGCAUGCUCUUCGCAUUGCUCAAGAUCUCCAGGUUGAGAAGAUAAGGCUUCAAGUUGAAGGACAGCGAGUCCUUCUGAAUGACCAAACUCCUUGCUCUCUCUGCAGCAAAAAAUUUGGUAAACAGAGGAAACUAGGGGACAUGGAGUAUUACUACACAGAAUGCACAUGCCAUGAGCAGAUUUCCACCUUGCUUCUGUCCCAUUAUUCCUACCUCGUCGAGUUGGCUAACUAUCGCCGGUCCAACUUCUGGAGAGAGAAGGUGUGGGUUGUGGGCUUAGCGGCGGACCUCACCGAGGAGUGGAGGAGGAGCCACCCCCUACCGGACACCUCCCACCUCCAAGAGACCUCCCACGGACCGGGACAAGGGGGUAUAGUCCUUCCGAAUCUCACCGAUCAGAAGGAGCAUGAUGGUGAUAUUUUCCCAUAUGAAGUACAUGUGUCUAAUAUUGAGACUAUCCCAGGGGAGCAUUGGAUUCCAACCACCUUCCGUGCUGUCUUUGAUAAUGCAGAACAAGAAAACUUUGUGGAACAUUUGGAGGGGCAUGUUCGUUCUCGUAGCCAUGAACUCACAGAUCUCUGUAAUGCCCACUACAGAGAUUUCAUCAAGUCUGUGGGAGAACUGCAAAAACUUGGAUCAGUUGCAAAUGAAUUGAGAAAGGAAACAACAUGCACAAACAAUGAAGUGAAGGCUGCUGUUGGUGAUUUGACCAGUAAAACUGAGGAGCUGACAGAGGCAUUGCGUCUUCACAAGAACAUAUCUCUCACCAUUGAGAGCCUUUCUGCUUGUCUUCCUGUCUUGGAGACGUAUUCCCAAUUUCAAAGUUUUUUGAAGAAAAAAGAAUAUUUCUAUGCUCUGAAGAGCUUGGAUAGUCUGGAGAGAAUCUUUCUCCCCAAUCUUCCUAAGUAUAACUUCUGUGUGAAUAUGAAAGAGAGCAUUCCUGCACUGAAGAAGAGCAUCAAGGAAGCAGCCCUGGAAGACCUUAAUGAAUACUUGGAAAAUGUUCGUAAGAUUACAUCCCGAGUGGGAAAGUGGGCAUUGGACCAAGUGGCUCGGGAUUUGGGAUUCUUGGAACCCAUUCCAUCUGAUGAAGACAUUGCUGAUGUUGAUGCCCAAGAACUUGUUGACUAUUCCCCAGUGUACAGAUGUGUUCACAUUUACAGCUUGAUGAAAUGUCAGGAUGAACUCAUCAGAUAUUACAGAAAUGAAAGAAAAAAGCAGGUUCAGCUGGUACUAGAAGUUCCUAUCAACAUGCAUGCAUCUGUUGAUGCCUUUGAGCAGUAUUGUUAUGGUUUGGUAGGGUUCUUUGUUAUUGAGAACUGCAUCAGUAACACAACAGAUGCCAUAAUGGCCAAGGCACAUUUGGAUAACUUAUGGGAAACAGCCCUCCCCCGUGCUAUCUCAGCCAUCAGAAAUAAUUCUUCCUUGUGCACAGAUCUUUCCCUGAUGCUUAGAAUCAAGGAAUUGGUUAUCAUAGUUACUCACACAUUAAGCAACUACAGUUACAAUGUAGAACGCUUGUUUGAUCUCUAUGGUGAUCUUAGAGAUCACUACACAGAAAUCCUUAUGCAAAGAUGGGUUUCCAUUUUUGGUUCCAUUUUUGAUGAAGAUGAUUAUCAGCCAUAUGAUCCUGAAACUCAUGAGUUCCCAAAUCUGAUGGAGACUUUCAACUUCUCAGAGGAGAACCUAGUCAAUGGGAGAUUAAUUCCCUUUUCUCACAUGGUGCCAAAGGUCUACUCUCAAGUGCAAAGUUUUGUUGAUGAAUCCUUGCGAUUCUCUCAGGACUUGGGCUUGAGCCACAAAGAAGUUCGUGAUUCAGUCCGCAAAGCAACUCAGUUGCUGUUGUCCAGGACUCUAAGUGGAUGCUUGUGUGAUUUAUUGAAGAAACCAAACUUAGGAUUCACUCAGCUCAUACAGAUAUUCAUCAAUAUGAACUACCUAGAAGAAGCUAACUGCAGCUUGGAGAGGUAUAUCUCUGAAGUCACAGGCACAAUGGAAGAGAUGGGAAGCCUAUCUGGCAAGGGCAUGUUCAGGGAUGCUCGAACAGAGGCUGAGCAGCAGAUUUACAUUCAGUUAAGGUAUAAAAUUGAUGAAUCUAUUGAACUGUGUGAAUAUGAUUGGAUGUUGGAGGAGGCCAAGGGACGAGCAAGCGAUAACAUCUUGGAUUUGGUUGCAUUCUUGGAGAACACCUUUCGUUCAUUCACAAACCUCCCUCUGGAAGUGGCCCAAUCAGCUUGCCUUCAUGCCUGUCAGCACAUUGGCCAGCAACUUCUAUCAAUCCUCUUAGACAAGAAUAUCAAACAGAUGACAAAUGCAGCACUGACGCAGUUUAACAUGGACGUUGUUCAGUGUGAAAUGUUUGCUUGCUCUGCCCCAGUGAGAGACAUUGACCAGAUGGCCUUGCUCAUGUGCUUUGCUGACCUUAGGCAGCUGUUAGAUUUGUUUCUGUCUUGGGAUUGGUCUACCUACUUCCAUGGUCUCGGAAAGGAGAACAGUAAGUAUUUGAGGGUAAGCCCCAGUGUGUCUUUGAUGAUGCUUGAGCGUAUCAAGGCUGCUGAGAGUCGACCUAUUUUCUCCAAUCUUAAGAGAAGUGAAAGAGAUCGAAAGAAACUCAUGGAUGCAGUCCAUAAACAGCUAAAACAACUGUGUACUGGUGCUGCUGGUGAUACUGCUGAGAUGCAGUCCACUGAAGAAUUAGACUACAUUGUUCAGCAAGAUGUGAGGCCAGGGCUUCUGUCACAGUCUCACAAACGAUCCCAUGAGCUCUUGAAAAAAAAAUCUGAGGAUCGGGCCAAGCAGAAAGAGCAAAAUAAACCAAAGCAUAUUGUGGAGGCAGAAAAGAGGGAAGAGGGUCUGCAGAAGGCAAUCUCUUCUGACAAUAAGGGUUUUGCUCUUCUACAGAAAAUGGGCUAUAAGCCUGGGACAAGCCUCGGCAAGCAAGAGGAUCCUGUAGAGAGAUGGUAUUGGCCAUCAGAACACUGGAAGGUGCUCCAGGGCCCAACUGAAGAUGAAUCUGAUGAUGAAGAUGAAGAUGAUGUUGAAGAGGAGGAUGAACCUUCAGCUGAAGACAAACUUGAAAUGCUGACAGUGUACCUGAGGACUAAAUACUUCUAUUGUGUCUGGUGUGGCACACGCUAUGAGGACAAGCGAGACCUUCAAGAUCAGUGUCCUGGACUGACAAAAGCAAAGCUGCAGAGACCACCAGAAACUCGAAGGUUUGUACGGGACAUCCCGGUCUAUUAUGGGUGCUUCCAAAACCCAAUAGGGAGUACUUCCGGCCUCAUUAUCUCGGUCAUCGGGUACAUCACUGGAAACGGAAAUGUCCCC